AUGGCUGCUCUCGGAGUUGAUCACAACUAUUGGUAUUUAGAAAACCUGACGAGUCUAUGUUCGCCAUCCUGCUCAAAAUCGUUGCAGACUUGGCUAUCUCAAGUUGAAUCAUCCUGUGCCUCCGACGAGAUCAACCAAUCUGGGAUCUUAGUCCAAGCAAAGACUGUUGCGCUACAGUAUACGUAUUAUUAUAGUCUGGCUUGUCUCCAAGAUUCAUCAGGCAAAUGGUGUUUCUACGAGUCUCAGAACUGGGUGGGAAGUGACUAUAUUCGCUAUGAUCCUGACAUGUGCUGGCAAGACCCAGCUCCAGAGCUUUGCAACGACCCAGACUUCUCGAUAGAUCAGAUUGAUGCAGCAAUGGAGGCUGUGCCAAAUCUAUACAACAAAACUCUUUACUGCAGCGAAUGCUUUAUGAAGCUAUGGCAGCAGAGACUCAUAUCUCCGUUUCUACCCGUAAGCAAUCAUACUAAAUUCUUAAUGGAGCAGUUUGAGUAUAUGCAGGGGAACUGUUCAAAGUCAAUGCCUUACUCAACAUCGCCUUCAACACUGUUUGUAAGCAUAGCGCCCACGCCUACAGAGGUAUCUAACUCGACUGGUUCGUCUAUUACGCCUACGUGUACCGGUCAACUGGCCAGCCCAGAACCAACUCCGAUAGGUUGCAAUCAACUCGCAGAUCGAUACAACGUAUCAACAGGCGACUUACGCAUAGCAACUGGUGACUUCUUUUGUGAAAUACACCAAACAGUCUGCCUCCCCGCACCAUGUUCACUUGCUAUCAUCGAUUCGUAUGGAAAGACAUGUGACGGUUACGCAUCUCAGCUUUCCAACUCGACACUCAAUGUGACAUCGGCAAUGUUCUUUGGUUGGAAUCAGAAUAUCCAAGGUAGUUGCGACGAUCUUUCUAUCGACCAGCGUAUUUGUAUCGGCCCACCAGGUGGCUCCUGGGUAGUCAACGGAAGCGUAUAUGCACCCACGGGAACCAGCGCCUAUCACACAACGGCGAAACCCGCAACACCCACACAGACUGGCACAAUACCAGAUUGUGGCCUUUACUACGAAGCGGUCUCGGGAGAUACGUGCCAACAAAUUUGUCUCAGAUUCGGCAUAAGCUUCGAUCAAUUUAGGAAACUGAACACCUAUAUCAACGACAACUGUACGAACCUGUGGCUCAGGUACUCGGUGUGCAUCGCAGAGAUGGCUGUUGAGCUGGAUUAUGUUCGAUGCGCCACCUUACACAACAGGCUCCUUGAGAGAGGCUGGGUGGACUCUGGAAAGCAGUUGGAAUAUGAUACCAAUGAUGAUCAAGUAGAAGUUCUACACCGUCGCAACUGGUUCGAGUUUUACGGGCCCGAUGCUGAGAGAGUACGCAGUCGUCUCUCGCCAUCAUUAGUAGCUUUCCUAGAGCGUGCAUUAGUCGUAGAUGAUCACUCUCUACACUACUAUGUCGCAGGUCUAUCUAGCCCUGAUUACCUAUGGUCGAGCCACGAGAGAGAGAGUAACAUGGGGAUAGACUCAGACCGGUAUUUAACUCUUUACACCGCUACUGGUGUCGCUCUCGAACAAGAAGGCCUAGUCUUCGACCAAAUGGAAAAUAAAGCAAUCAUGCAGAUGUCCAUCUUCGACUCUCCAAUUACCCAUAAUGGCCGCCAGCAAUGGUUUGCCCUUGAAGUGAUCCUCAGCGCCUGGCUUGACAUGGUAGAAGUAGGCAAGGUGCAGGCCGUUAAUCCCGAUAUAGACGUCCCGAGCGACAAAUUCGAUCCGUGGAUAAGCUUACCAUAUAGCGAUGAUCAGCUACAAGAAACACUUACCGUCUACCACAGUCUCUUAGAUGUAAUUGAGUCUCGGAUUCCUGUAACUUCUAGACCAUCGAGUACAUACCCACUCAUUCCUGACGAUUCUUUAGCCGCGGCGAACAUAUCAGAUGGAUUUGCUUGGGAGUUUCUAAGCAAAGCACGACGACCAUUAUUCCGUUAUAUAGCUCCGGGACUGGAAAUACCCACCAGUGACACAUUCCGCCACCAGCCCUUCAGUUCGGUCGAGUCCGUUCCACUUCAGGAGGUUCCAGACCGGGCUUCAACAGUCCAGUUUCCUAUAUUACUAUUCCGGGCCUCAGAUAUGUUCUACGCUUUACCCAGUCCGCAUGGAGCGAACGAUCGCACGGGAUCCCAUCUCCCAUUCCCCUGGCCAUGGUCUCAAGUAAAUGCAUACCCCGCGGGGCUUUACUUAACGGACUCGGACCGGGAAACCAUAUGCUUCGAAGAUGGCGCCCGUUUAGUGCUGCCAUUCGGUAUUGGGUCACGCGGAUAUGCACGAACAAGCGACGGAGCGAGGUUCGGAGAAAAUAAAGAGGAAAAGGGCGCCGUAGGCCAACCACAUAAUACACACGCCGACUUAUAUCAACUGGGAUAUGUGCCAUUCAUUGAGUCACACGAGGUCCGCCUCGCUCAAGUCCUGAGAGCGUGGCUCAAGCAAGUCGAAAGUGGCGCAUGGGAGGUGGGCACGGAUGGCGUGUUAGGCGGUAUCGAGAAAUGGCGAGAAGCUGAUACAGAGGCUAAGUGGGCUGGCUAUGUUGUGCCAAUCAGUUGGUAA